GGUAGAGUUUAAAAUUAUAAUCAAGAAAGGCAAUGUAAGAGUAAGACUACGAAACAAAGAUUGUGAGUGUUGUUUACCUAGCAGGAUGCAUGCAAAGAAAGUGGCUGGUCUGAUAAGAAACCACAUAAGUCUACUUAAACGGCAGAACCAGACAACAUAAGUAAUCACAGUCCUAUGUUUCCAACAAACAAAUAGGGAUCAAGUUGGAGAGUUUAUGGUUUUAGAACAUCACCAUGGCUGCCGAGCAGUGUCAUGUGAUGAUAUUCCCGUGGUUGGCAUUUGGCCAUAUGCUCCCGAUGCUCGAAUUUGCCAAGAAAUUAGCCGCUAAAGGUUUCAGAGUUUCCUUUGUGUCGACCCCGAAAAACCUGCAGAGAUUGCCCCCGAUUCCUGCGAGUUUCACGGAGAGAUUAAGCCUGAGAGAGAUCGCGUUGCCCUCGGUACCUGGUUUGCCGGAGAAUUGUGAGGCGACUGUUGACCUCGAGCAGCAAGAGCAGGUACAGUUCUUGAAAACGGCGUAUGACAGGAUGGGCCCGCCAUUCGAGGAGCUCGUGAGACGGGACUUGCCCGAGCUGAUCCUCGUCGACUUUGCUACUCACUGGGUUCCUGAAAUAGCAAAAAGAUAUGGCGUGGCUACGGUAUUCCUAAGUGUAUACACUGCAGCAACAUUAGCGUACCUGGGAUCCCCCGAGGAGUUGAGAUCGGGAAAACUGCGCCCGAGCCCCGAACACUUCACCGUCCCGCCCGGUUGGUUCAACUUCCACUCCCUGGUGGCCCACCGGCCCGAUUACGCACCGACAAUGAUGCGGAACACCCACACCCCGGAUGCAUCGGGCGUGUCGAGCGGGCAGCGCCUGUCUAGUGUCAUCGAGGGAUGCGACUUUGUCAUAGUUAGAAGCUGCAAAGAGUUCGAAGGAGAAUAUAUAGAUCUCCUCGAGAAACUCUACAAAAGGCCAGUGUUAGCUAUAGGACUACUUCCACCGAGGCUAAACUUAAACACCGCCAUUCAGCCCGGAACCAAUUCAUCGAGCUGGUCUGAAGCGUUCGAAUGGUUGGAUAACCAAAGACCGAAGUCUGUGGUCUUUGUCGGUUUCGGAAGCGAGUACAAGAUGCCUAUUCACCAAAUCCACGAAUUGGCUUCUGCACUGGAGCUUUCCCGGAUGCCUUUCCUAUGGAUUCUGAGGAAACCGGGAAUAGAUAACCCCGGUUACCCCGCCCUGUUGCCUACGGAUUUCGUUAACAGAACCUCAAACCAGGGCAGAGUUAUCCUCGGUUGGGCUCCUCAACAGAACAUACUCGCCCAUCCCGCCAUUGGCGGGUGCCUGUUCCAUUCCGGGUGGGGUACGAUAAUUGAGUCCCUUGGAUUCGGGCACCCACUCAUCCUGCUGCCAAUGGUAGCCGACCAAGGACUCAACGCUAAGCUGUUAGUCGAAAAGGAAAUAGGGUACGAGGUUCCUAGGAGAGAAGACGGCUCCUUCAGCCGGGACAUGGUAGCCAACUCAAUAAGAUCGGUAAUGGCAUCCCGAGAGGGAGAAGGAAUAAGGCUGAAGGCCGCUCAAAUGGCAAACAUAUUUGGCAACCACAAUCUCCACGACAACUACAUAGAUCAGUUCAUUGAGUAUUUCCAAUCAAAAAUUUUAACACAAUGCAAAAGAGGCUAGAACACAUGCACAAGUACACAAAUAUUAUUAAAAAAAAAAAAAAAAAAAACAAUAAGACAUAUUAAAUCGAAUUGAACGUUUAUAUAUUAUUGAAUAAAACGGGCUUAAAUGCAUAUAUAUAUAUAUAUACACUACAAAGCCAAGAGAUUAUAAUAAGUCCGAUUCCCACCAAAAGCACCAGUGAAAAUCAAAUUCUGUAGUACUAUUUAUGAAUUGAAUACACAAAGCAGUAUAUUUACAGUGUCGAGAAAGAGCCGCCAAAUAAGAGAUACGGGGAAGGCUGAGAAUUUCAGAAACGGUAGAAUAGAGAAAUGCAAUGUUUGUGAUCAUCCAAAUACUAAGAUUAUGUCAAAACCUGCUGUUAGCCAAACAUCGCCAUUUAGCAGAAACCGAGCUUUCUGUAUCUGCAACUCAGCUCAAAGGGCUCUAUGAAAUUCAUCUACA